AAACAUUAAUCAAAAUGUGCGGGGAUAUGGGUAAGGCGGUACUGCGCGCUUUGACCGGCGCGCUACUCUGUGGAUUGGCUUCGGAUGCUUUCCUACAGGAACAACAGUUACGCCAUCAGCAGGCGGCAUACCGGCCCGUGAGGGAUUAUAAAACGAAUGGAUUAAUUCACCAACAGUACCAAGUAUACCCAUACGAACUAGAGCCACACCAGGAGUAUCGGAAGCCGCUGAGAGAGCACGAGAAGCCUCAGGACCUGCGCAACGUGCCUGGUGUUCCUGGGGUGGACUUCCCCAUCUUCCAUGAGGUUCCGGAGACCAGCUUUUCUUGCGAUCAUGUCCCGGCAAGGCCAGGCAUGUACGCCAACGUGGAGACUGGAUGUCAGGCGUAUCACAUCUGCCACGAUGGCCGCGAGGGUCACCAGGGCGCGGCUCUGCUCUGCACCAACGGCACCUUGUUCAACCAGGAGAAGUUCACCUGCGACUGGUGGUACAAUGUCGACUGCUCCCAAUCUAUCAACCAUUACAGGUUAAAUGCCGAUCCACUGAAAAAUCCAUAUGUUCCCAAGCCAAAGCCAGAAGAACAUGAACCACAACCACAUAAGUAUGGCUCGUUUUACAGAUAUGCAUAAAUUAAUAGUUAGUUAAUAAAAUAAUCUUACCAUGUUUUCGAAAUAACAACUGUUAAAUUAAAAAAAAAGGUUACUAUUCCAACAACAAUAAUUUGUAUAACUCACAUAGAAUUGAAGCCACGGAAUAAAAUCAAGUAAAGUGUUUGAAUGUCGAAUUUAGAAGUUCUUAUGUAACUGUCUUUAGAAAUUAACCUAAGUUAAAUUAUUUCUUAAUAAAUUUAAGUUCAAGUACCUUGUUUACCUAGGCUUAUUAAACAUAUUGUACAGUCUGAUUUGAAGUUACCACUGAUGUCAAAUUUAUAAUUUUAUUUGUAGUGAUUAUAUAUUUUCUUGAUAUUAUUUAAGAAUACUUCUGUA